UCUUACAGGAGCACAAACAGCUCCAUGGGUUAUCAAGUCCGAGACUAAAAAUGGAGCCUUUAAAGGAUUUAGUUAUCUUUUUCUUUACCAGUCCUACCAUAGUGAUGGGAGCUGUUUUCCUCCUCAUUUUGUAUUUUGUCUCUGUUGGAUCCACCUCAGGGGACUUGAGGAAAGAACCUCCAGGACCCAGACCUCUGCCUCUGCUUGGCAACUUGCUGCAACUGGAUCUCAGCAGAACUUACAGAACACUGUGUGAGUUUUCCAAGACCUACGGUUCUGUGUUUACGGUUUAUUUUGGACCACAAAAGGUGGUGGUCCUUGCUGGACACAAGGCUGUCAAAGAGGCACUGGUCAGCUACGCAGAAGAGUUUGGAGAUCGAGAAGUCUUGCCUAUAUUUAAGGAUACAAAUAAAGGUCAUGGAAUUCUGUUUUCAAAUGGAGACUCUUGGAAAGAGAUGAGACGUUUUGCCCUCUCAACUCUCAGAGACUUUGGGAUGGGAAGAAGAGUUGCUGAGGAAAAAAUCUUAGAGGAGUGCGGCCAUUUGAUUCAUGUGUUCGAAAACCAGAAAGGUAAACCAUUUGAUACAGCUCGUCCACUUAAUUGCGCAACAUCCAACGUUAUCUCCUCUAUUGUGUAUGGAAGUAGAUUUGAAUAUAAUGACCCUCGAUUCAAAAAUCUGGUGAGUCGAGCCAAUGAGUCGAUACGUGUGGCAGGCUCUGCACAAAUCCAGAUCUACAACAUGUUUCCCUGGCUGGUCAGAUGGAUAAAAAACCGACAGCUUAUGAUAAAAAAUGCUGCGAUAAGUAUCAGAGAUGUUAAGGAUAUAAUCCAACAACUGAAAGAGACUCUGGAGCCUCAGACAUGCAGAGGCCUGGUGGACUGUUUUCUGAUCCGGCAGCAGAAAGAUGAGGAGUCUGGUGUUAAAGACACACACUUCCAUGAGGAGAACCUGGCAUUCACAGUGUCCAACCUGUUUGCUGCUGGAACUGACACCACAGCCGCGACACUGCGAUGGAGUUUGCUGCUAAUGGCCAAAUACCCACAUUUUCAGGACCAGGUCCAGGAGGAGCUGGUCAGAGUGAUCGGAAGCCGAGAAGUUAGUGUAGAAGAUCGUAAAAACCUUCCAUUCACUGAUGCUGUGAUCCACGAGACACAGAGACUGGCGAGCAUCGUUCCCACAGCUAUUCCACACAAAACCAGUCAAGAUGUCACCUUCCAGGGUUACUUUAUCAAAAAGAACACGGUUGUAUUUCCUCUUCUGACCUCUGUCCUGCAUGAUGAGAGUGAAUGGGAGAGCCCUCACACCUUCAACCCUUCUCAUUUCUUGGACAAAGAGGGUCAAUUCAUCAAGAGAGAUGCCUUCUUGCCUUUUUCUGCAGGUCGCAGGGUGUGCCUCGGGGAGGGUUUAGCUAAGAUGGAGCUCUUCCUCUUCUUCACCUCCCUCCUUCAGCAUUUUCGUUUCACACCCCCACCUGGAGUCUCAGAAGAUGAACUGGAUUUGACACCAGCCGUUGGUUUCACCAUUUCUCCUUUGCCUCAUGAGCUGUGUGCUGUCAGUCAUGAGUGA